CAAAUUGUGUUUAGAAUAGUUGGAGUAAUUCGGAUAUUCAUUGUGAUUUUGUGGAGUAAAUCAUCACCGAACUGCCGCUGAAGUUACAAAAUUAGACUGAUUAUUUUGCUAUUUUAAGUCUUAUGUUCCGUAUGAUGAUUCGCGUUGAUAUUUCCGAUAAAACUUGAUAAAACGUCUAUACUGAUAAAACUAAUCGAAAUAAUGAACAUUUUCAACGAGAGUGAAGUCAAAGCAAAAUCAGUUUUUCGUGAAAGACGAUACAACUGUGACUUUCUUCUGUAACACAUCAAAUAGAUACUCGUGAAAAAGCUGACAAUAUGACAAGAUGUGGAACUUGUGUCGACAAAACAUUAACUUGGAUUGGCUUACAUAAACGGCUGACAUUCUUUGCAAUACUUUCGUUCGCACUUUUCAUCUCUACAAUUUCCUUGGCUGCUACAAAUAAUAGGCUACGUAGAGAGCUUAGAGAUGCUAGAGCAGCCUCAGAUGAUACCAACACAUCACCAAUUGACGAUACUUCCACAUCACCAAGUGACGAUACAUCCACAUCACCAAGUGACGAUACAACCACAUUACAAAGUGAAGAUACUUCCACUUCACCAAGUGACGAUACUACCACAUUAACAAGUGAGGAUACGCCCCCAUCACAAGCUAGUGAUACGACCCCAUCAUCAACUGAUGCGACCCCACCAUCAACUGAUGCGACUCCAUCAUCAACUGAUGCGACCCCAUCAUCAACUGAUGCGACCCCAUCAUCAACUGAUGCGACCCCAUCAUCAACUGAUACGACCCCAUCAGCAGCCACAACAGAAACACCAUAAAAUGGCGAAGAAAUUCAGGAAGUUCCUCUUUCGAAGAGUAGACAAAAAUAAUUUUUCACAAGAAUUUGAAAUUCGCUUCGCAUUAAAAAAAUUCAAAAUUUA